AUGGACGAGAAUGUCAACGAUAAUGAUGAACAUUUUGCCGAAGAAGCUAGUUUGGCUGAAAUCGGCAGAAAAUCGACUAUUUUCGUUGCCGAUGUGUCAGAAAAGAUGUACGAAACACGGUCCGAUGGUAAAACAUAUCUACACGAAGCCUUUGCUCGACUGACAGCUCACUUGAACUAUUUUGCUUUGAAUUCAAAGCUAAAUGAGUAUGUCACUGUCAUAUUGUUAAACGCUGUAAGACUUAUAUGUUUUCGUUGGUUUUUAGGCAUUUACGUUGAGGAUAUUUAGCUUCUAUGCAUGUUCUAAAAUAACCAAAGCUUUUUGGUGUGUUAGCAAUAAUAAAUGACAGCUUUAAUGGAUUUUUUGAACAUAAUUUUCUUACAAUAUUGUUUAGUCUCCAGAAAAAGCUCAGAAUGGUAUCUAUGUUGCCUAUAACACCGACAAUGUGUGUGUCGAACUAAACCAAACUAUUUACUGUUUGUCAGAAGCAGGUAAGCAUAUUAUAUUACCGGAAAGAUGUUAUUUUUUAUUUAUCUCAAACAGCUACUAGUUUUGUGUGUCAAGGUACAUUUGUUAGCGUAUCAUCCUUAACGUUUCAGAAGACAUAAAGAAGGAAGUAUCUGAGUUUUACGGCAAAGGAUCUUCUCAUGCUGACAUCUGUGAACUUAUUUUUUGCUGUAGAAGGAUCUUCUCUGAAGGGCAAGGUUUCUGUUUGUUUUUUUUGUUUUAGGCAACAACUUAUUUCCAUUGAUAUUUUAUAACAAUAUUGAGUUUAUUUUUUUAUCAUAGUGUUAAAGUUAAUAUUUUAGAAGUAACACCUCCCAGAAACGAGUAAUCUUCUACUCUUACAACUAUGAUCCUUACGAUGAUCCGUAUACGAAGUCAAAACACUUGGUAUGUUAGUCUUUCGGUUGUUGGUUUUUUAAUUAUAAGAUAUUCUUGUCUAUCAGUUUUAAAACCACUUGUAAAAUGGCAUUAUAAUGAUAAUAUAGUGAUGGUAAUUAAGAAGAUGUUAGGUAAGUACAUUUUUAUAUUGUUGUAGGAGUUGGUGGCGAAAAGAAUGGCCAAACUAGACGCGGAUAUUCACUUUGCUGCUAAUUUGAUCGACUUUCCUUUGGGUACGACGCCAAACGAAUUCUGGGUAGGUUAAUACAUAUAUGAACUUCAACAUACGAUGAUAUACCAUAUGAAAGACAAUUUAUAUUUACACUCAAGACUUGCUUUUAACAAUAUCUAUUACGUUUGGUUUAUAAAGUAUUAUAACUGAUGUAUCAUAUCUUUUUAGAACACCAUAGACCCCUCCUACAAGUACCGUAUCCACCCGAUAGAGCCGACUACAGAAUUCAUUGAAUCUUCGCUACGAUCUGCUGCUGUGGUACCAUUCCACUUGGGUGGUGCAGUUGAAAUGGCAGUAAGUUGUUACUACGUAUGUCACGAGCGUCAGAAGCCAGAAUCGACGUGGCUAGAUGCCGAAACCAACGAGUGUGUGGAGAGAACUGGAUUCUUGGCAGAAGCCGGCCCUUCUGAAGCAGAUUCUGAAGCCGUGAAUCUGUCGACUCAGAUGGCGGCAGAGCCGAAGCCUGUGGAUAUGUCAAAUGCUUUUCAAAUGGAUUGGCUGGUGUCUGUGGCGGGGGUGGAUAUUCAGCUGACGAGGCGGGAGAGGGAUCUGCUGGGGAGGAUAGAGACUCCGGGCAUCAGAUUACUCGGAUUCAAACCUUUGAAUGAGUUCAAGGAUUCGUGGAGGAUGGGUGAGAGUUGUUAUCUGUAUCCAUUGGACAAGGUGCGUUUAGAAGAGUACUGUAGUUUGUACUGUAUUGGGUACUAAUAUGAGUAAUAUUGUUUUAAUAUUUUACUUUGCAGAGGUUAUAAUUACAAUUUUAAGGUCGUGACAGGCUCGCAGAACCUCUACCGCUCUUUGUACUUGAGUUGUCUGAAGAAGAAUGUGUAUGCUUUAGCUAGAUGCACAUUCAGAAGUAAUACUACGUCCAAAUUGUAUGCCCUGAUACCGCAAAAGGCACCACCGAAGGAUACAGAAGACAUCGUAAGUAGUCAAUUGCUAGAGUGGAUACUGCUUAAAGUGGCUGUAAUUUCUUUAUUACUGUGGAGUAAUGCUCAUUAAGAUUACUGUAAUUUCUUUAUUACGGUGGUGUAGUGCUCAUUAAGCUAUCUUUAAUCUCUUUAGUAUUGUGAUGUAAUGUUCAUAAAAAUUACUGUAGUUUUUGAUUUUAUUGUAUUCAGAAGCCGGUAGACAUUCACCGAUACGAAGGCUUUCACGCUGUCAGAUUACCGCUAAAACAAAACAAACGAGACCUGGAGUGUGAGAUGGAGAAGGAGACUCGGCAACUCGUGGCUCCGUCUACCAAACCAUCUAAAACAAUAUCAGGAUUUGUGGACAAACUGACUCAAGAGUACACUCCCGAGAUGUUCUUCAAUCCUCGUAAGCAUUGUUGCUUUUAAGACAAAACGUUAUUAUAUUAUAGUAGGUUGAUCGAAAAGUUUGUAGAAGUUUGGGGAAGAGCCAGCUUUCGCUAAUGUUAAGAUUUAGAACAAGUUAUACUUUUUUGGUGACUUACAACAACAUGUAGUGGGUGGUUUUACACUAGUUAGAGACUGUUGAACUAUAUUUUUUGUUUCAGAAGUGCAAAGCUACAACAAGAUGAUCGAAAGUCUGGCUCUGAAGUAUUCGUUUGACAAAUGCAAGGAAAUGGCAGAAGGAGUGGAUCAACAUAGUAAGUAAAUAAUAUAGACUACAUCUUAUCUUUAUAUAUAUAUUUCUAAUUUGUGUCGUUACUUUGCUAAGAAGAAUAAUUUUUAGAAGCUUGGUUCGAUGUGAAAGAUGUAGAACCAGUUGAGAAUGAGUUGGACCGGAUGAAGAGUAUAUUGUCAGGUGAUCCAGCUAACGAAAAGCUGGUCAGGAAACGAAGGCAGGGUACUCAAUAUGGUCAGCCGGAUUCGAAACAAACCAGAAAGUAA